CCGCCACAUCUCAAUCUAGGACACCUGGGCAUUCGAGUCUCCACACAUGCUCUGAUAGAAUGUCUUUUCUAGCGAGCACGCUGAGGGGCGCAACCGGGAUGCAGUGGUCUCCCGUUCGCUCAUUUCCACGCGUCUCUUACGUCCUUCGUCACGUUGUACCUCAAAAACGGCAUCUCAGCACAGCCCGCGAGCCUUUUAUUCUUAAGGACGAGCAGUCGGUCCGUGAGCUCCACGAAUAUGUGCUCGCCCAACCAGAUUCCCGCCUCCCCGCCCUGCGAGGUCUCCACAUCGACAUCCCCAAGAUCGAAGAACAUGCUCGCGUGGAAACAGCGCAGCGCAUUCUGGACCUCCUCGAACGUGCGCCGAAGCUAGAGUCUCUCACUCUUCCCGAGCCCAAGUGGACGUUCGAGUCCCUUGCGGACAAGAGGAUACCCGAGGCUAUCUCCCAGAUAUCCACCCUGCGCGAGCUCGGGCUGCUGGAGGAGUGCGACGAGAUGGCGUCAAUCGUCACGUCGACGCGCUCCGCCGGGUCCCUGCGCAUCCUCCGUGUCUCGCUGGCCACUCUACCCACCUCUGGCGGCGACUACGCUCUCACGGUGGCCGAGGUCGACGCGUUUCUGGGCCACCUGAUCCCCACUCUCGAGGUCCUCGACAUCAGAGCGCCCACGCUGAAGCUCGAUGCGAAGGGAGUGCAAUAUCCCGCGCUGCGCUCGCUCAUGGUCCCGGAAAUUGAGGGGGGAACCAUACGCACGGAUAUCCUCGUGUCCAAGUUUCCUGCGCUAGACGGCACCCUCAAUAUCGGCUCGGUGUCUGGUGCGCUGCCAUACGAUGAGCCAAAGCAGCGGCGCAUCCGCGCGUCGAACCAAGAUCGGCAGAAGAGGCAGUGUUGGAAGGGUCUCGAUCGCGUUCUUGGGGACGUCCCCGCGCUCUUCAUGCUCGGCCUCACAGAGUCAUGUCCCGUGCGCCAUCUCAUGGUAGACAGCUUAUGUGGCCACGAGAAGAGCAGAAUGGCGGACAUCCUGCAGGCGACACCCCCGACCCACCUCAAACUUUCGGCCAUCCUGUAUCACGGCGACGACUUCUUCGCGAACCUGUUUCCGCCCGUAACGGUCCCGCGGCUGACACACCUGGCGCUCCUGCUCCGGUAUUCCAAUCCGGCGGUGGACGACGAAGAGAGCGACGGGGACGCUGUCAAAAACAUGCAGUGGGGCCCGCUCCUCGCAAAAAUAAUCGACUCCAUUCGCCCUCUUCGCCUCACCCACUUCCGUCUCUUCGUCUAUUACGACAUCGACCUGGACGAGAUGUAUGGGCCUUACUCCAAGGACUUCGUGCGCAGCGUCUCGGAGCUCGACCAUGCGCACCUCUCCGCGCAGCUCAUGGACGCCGUACCCUCGCUGGAGCAUGUCUUCGUAAGCGCGGGCGGCCAGUUUGAUGCAUUCCCCGACGAGAUGCUAUCAACACGCGGCCGUUGGUUUGCACAUUCCGGAUGGAAGCGCGUGGCCGGUGAGACUCCGGAGAAGCUCGACGAGGACGUGAUGGAGCGCAUGCUGCGCGAGCAAGACCUGGGGCUGUCUGACAAUGAUGAAUUUUUUUUGGAACUCCACUGUACCUGGGCCCCGGAGGAAACCGCUCCAUGGCCUCUCCCGGAGUGAUGCACCGGGGACAUCAUGGCUCUGUCUCUCAUAUACUGUAUGUUUCUGCCUGAUAUCU